AUGGUUCUUAUGGGUGUGGAUGCCAGAUGCCUGAGUCUCUUUCUUCUUUGUACAAUAACCAGUCAUUCUUUGGAGAUAAAAGUUAAUCCUCCCCAGGAUUUUGAAAUACUGGAUCCUGGAUUACUGGGUUAUCUCUAUUUGCAAUGGAAACCUCCUGUGAUAAUAGAAAAUUUUAAGGAAUGCCCACUAGAAUAUGAGUUAAAAUACAGAAAUGUUGGUAAUGACAGCUGGAAGACCAUCAUUACUAGGAAUCUCAUUUACAAGGAUGGGUUUGAUCUUAACAAAGGCAUUGAAGGAAAGAUACGCACACGUAUGUCAGAACAGUGUGCAAAUGGAUCGGAAGUUCAAAGUGCAUGGACAGAAGCUUCCUAUUGGAUAUUAAAUGAAGGAAGCAUGGAAACUAAAAUUCAGGACAUGAACUGUAUAUAUUAUAACUGGCAGUAUUUGGUCUGCUCUUGGAAGCCUGGCAAGACAGUACAUCCUGAUACCACUUAUACUUUGUUUUUCUGGCAUGAGGACUUGGAUCAUGCUUUGCAGUGUGUCCAUUACCUUCAGGAUAAUGAAAAAAAUGUUGGAUGCAAACUUUCCAACUUGGAGACAUUAGACUACAAAGAUUUCUUUAUUUGUGUUAAUGGAUCCUCAAAAUUGGGACCUAUCAGAUCCAGCUACAUGGUUUUUCAACUUCAAAAUAUAGUUAAACCAUUGCCACCAGAAUUCCUUCAUAUUGGAGUUGAGAAUUCUAUUGAAAUUAUAAUGAAAUGGAAUGCACCUGGAGGGCCCAUUCCACCAAGAUGUUACACUUAUGAAGUUGUGGUCCAAGAAGAUUAUAUUUCCUGGGAGUUUGCCACAGAUGAAAAUGAUAUGAAGUUGAAAAAGAGAUCAAAUGAAAGUGGAGAACUAUGCUUUCUUGUAAGAAGUAAAGUCAAUAAAUAUUGUGCAGAUGAUGGGAUCUGGAGUGAAUGGAGUGAAGAGGAAUGCUGGGAAGGUCAUGCAGAGCCAGACUCAAAGAUUAUUUUCAUAAUACCAGUUUGCAUUUUCUUUAUAUUCCUUCUUAUUCUUCUUUGCCUUGUGGAGAAGGAUGGACCUGAGCCAACAUUGAGCUUUCAUGUGGAUAUCAACAACGAAGUUUAA